GGCAUACAAAACCAUUGAGGAAGAUGACUUGAAGUUUCCCCUUAUAUACGGAGAAGGCAAGAAGGCUCGAGUUAUGGCAACAAUUGGAGUGACCCGAGGACUGGGAGACCAUGACCUAAAAGUGCACGACUCCAAUAUAUACAUCAAACCUUUCCUGUCCUCAUCUCCCGAGGUGAGAGUCUAUGACCUCCUGCAGUAUGAGCAUGGGCCAGAUGAUGUUCUGAUCCUAGCUACUGAUGGACUCUGGGAUGUGCUGUUAAAUGAAGAAGUGGCAGAAGCUGUCACUAACUUUCUUCCAAACUGUGACCCUGAUGAUCCCCACAGGUACACGCUGGCGGCACAGGACCUGGUGAUGCGAGCCAGGGGGGUGCUGAAGGACCGGGGCUGGCGAAUAUCCAACGACAGGCUGGGCUCUGGAGACGACAUCUCUGUCUACGUCAUCCCUUUAAUACACGGGAACAAACAGUCGUGA